UACUGCGCAGUAUUUAAACUGUGAUUGACGGUCCACUCGUUACUCUGCUCUUGCGCCAACGGGACGUGCAUCUUGUAGCUGAAUUUAUCGGAGCUGAAAAUCAAACAAUCUGCAGACAUGUCUGACAAGCCUGACGUCUCGGCGGUCGAAAGCUUCGAUAAGAGCAAGCUGAAGAAGGCGGAGACUGCGGAGAAAAACACACUGCCGACCAAAGAAACCAUUGAACAAGAGAAGGCAUCGGGACAAUGAAGACUACUCCUGUGCACUGUACAUUCCACAAGCUUUUGCCUUUUUGUGUUAAAAUAUGUAUUCAAGCUGUGGUACAUACUAAUUGACAAAACUAUGGAUGUAAAACCUCUGUAUAGUAAGGAAGUGUGGCUGAUGCACUGGAUGCAUCCCUGGUGUUGUGUCUGAAGAGCAGAUGUGUCAGUGGGGGUGCUACACUUGGAUUUGUAACUCUUCUCUGGCCAGUUGUGAAUUCUGUUUUGUAACAAAAUCUGGAAUGCACAGUUUUGUUAAAUAUGCAAAAAUAAAAAUGUAAACU